AUGGAGAAUCCAACCAACAUCACCUCGGCCGGAUCUGGACCAACGCUCGAGUACCUAGGAGAAUUGGUUAUUCAGGGUUUUGGAAACCUGAAGCGCAAGUACGAUUGCAAACUGACGCCUGCUCCUACUCGGACUAUCUCUGUGGAUGGGGUCAACUCGAGGGAAAUUCUCUGCGAUCGGUUGCGUUCGACCCUUCUGCCUCUCUGCAAGGACCAACUUACCACGAUCUUGAACUUGCUAGAGCCUGCGAGUAUGCAGAAUGAACCCGAAUCAAAACUCAAGCGCGUAUUGGAGAUCCAGCCAGAACUCGACUACAACAUGACUCAAAUCAACUCUGCCGUUCUUGUCAUCUGUCCGGAAUCCUUAUCUUCCUCUUAUGAUCAAACCAAUGACCACCAUCUCAAACAACUCAAGGCGUACAGGCUCCUUGAAUUCAAAAGGAAAUUUCACGCACUCGGCAGUAUCUGCGAUGUUUUUCAGGCGGCCUCUCAGUACAUGGAAGUAGCACCAGAGGGGCUCUCGAGAGCAGGCAGACUAUUUGAUGAUUAUAAAAGAAAUACCAAAACCACAGUGAAUUGGAUCGAGAAAACGAUCAAACACUCCAACAAAACUGAAUUAGAUGUUAUCGCCGACUGUGGGGCAACGGCGGUAUUCCGGAUUGACUGUCAACUAGUCGAUCUCGUCAGCCUGAUCGAUCCGGCUGCUCCCCCGGGAUAUUCCGACUUCGAAGCCUUGACCGUGCUUUACCUCGUCCCCUUAAUCAAUAAUCUUCCAGAGAAGGAUUACUACCUGGAUUGGUUUUCUACAUGGAACACCCAGAUCAAUAUAGCUGUUCAGAACUUUGUUCAACUUGCCAAACACCUCCGACAGGAUGAUCUAGCUUAG